AUGUCUGACGCAGAGGUUCCAUAUGAGGAGGAGAAUGCCGUAGCAAGUGAGGAGGUUGACGCUGCUGCUUCUGAAGCUGAGGACAGCAGCGCAGCAGCAGCAGCAGCAGCAGAAGCAGCAGCAGCAGCAGAAGAAGAAGAAGAAGAGGCGGAAGCAGCAGCAGCAGAAGCAGACAGCGACUCAGCAGCAGCAGCAGCAGCAGCAGCAGCAGCAGAGGAUGAUGAGGAUGAGGAUAUAGUUGGAGCUGAGGAUUCGUUAGGUGGAGCCGUAUUACCAGCAGCAGCAACAGCAGCAGCAGCAGGAGCAGCAGCAGCAGCAGCAGCAGGAGAAGCAGCAGAGAUAGGAGAAGCAGCAGAGGUUGUCGUUACUGCAACAGAGAUAUCUCCGCCGCCAUGA